GUGCGGGGAAGGGGUCCGGCCGUGUGACGGCUGCUGCUUCCCGCUCCGGAGCGUCGGUCACCCCCGGGUCCGCACCGAGAGCGGCGGCUGCGCCAUAACAAUAGGUGAGGAACGGAACUAAUCGGGGUGGAUGGUCCUUGUUGCGAAGAUAUCGCUGUUAUCGGUAGCAGCCUGAGGCUCCAUGAACAAUCUAAAUGAACCAAGGCAGAAUUGGAAUAUCUUACCCAAUUACAGGGAUGGGGAAGGUGGUGGAAGCAAAUGGAACUACGCUCUGCUGGUUCCUAUGUUGGCACUUGCUGCCUUCCGAUGGAUCUGGUCCAGAGAAUCACAGAAAGAAAUUGAAGAAGUGAGAGCAGCGUGUAAGAAAUCGAUAGACACCACUGAGAGAGAUCUGAAAUUGAAAUACGAAGAUAUUAUUGUUCAGAAUCGACGUUCACUAGCACGUUGUGAGUUGGAGCAGGAGAAGCUCAAAAGCAAAGUCCAAAGUUAUCGUGAAGCGCUUUUGGCACAGAGCCAUCGGCUCGUUGAAGAACGCCGGCAGCUAGAACAAGAACGUAAAAACAUAGAGGAGAAAAAGCGUUCCCUGCAACAUUCAGGAGUAGCAGGGGCUUUGUAUCAGGACUUGUUGGAGAAAGAAGGACAGUGGGAAACUCAAGCCAGAGCACUAAUAAAAGAUUAUGAAAAAUCCUUGGUCGAUAGGCAAAAUCUUUUUUGCAGUUACUUUAUACCAAGACAAGAAAGACUUGAAUUAGAGAGGAAGAUGCUCAGCCGAGCUGUUGCUAAUCCAAUUGCUAAAGAGUUGGGCAUCGAAACUGGUUUGAAAUAUAUCUUUGACCAUGAAACACACUGUGCAAAUCUACAAAACACAGACAAAACAAAAAACGGCAAGUUAUUGUGGGUGUAUUUGGAAUAUUGGGAACUUCGAGCUGAGCUGCAGAAAUUCAAAAAAGUAGGAAAAGCUUUAUUAGAAAAAUGAGUUAGUUAGAAUACUGGUCACUUAAAAAAAAAUAGGAGGUAGACAUUUGCUGAGAAAUCACUGAAAUAUGAAGACAAGUUAAUGGCUCCUGUUAGUAUUAGUCCAUAAAACACAGUGUAAUUUGUGCUGAAGCAAUCUGCUGAGUUCUGGUUCUUCACAACUGCUGGAUAGUUCACCAUUGGCCACACAAAAAAGCAAAGCAAUUGCAAUCUUGGCAUGAAAAUUUCCAUGAAUUGUGAGUCUGGAAUUGCUAAAUUUGUACCAUAAAUGCAAAUUAAUCUCAGCACUACAUUCUGGAGCUGAUAAUUCCCAUUUUAAGGACUGUGCUUAAGGAUGUGUCUUCUGAUCCUGGUCUGAAACUUAAUGUUGGAUUCCCUGAGUGAGAACAAAUGGAUUUGUGGUCUCUCCGGCUUACUGUGGUCAAUUUCUCCAUCCUUCAAAGUUGAAUUAUUUAGGUUUUAAACCUUAUUUAUAACUUUUUCCAUACUCAAAUCUAAUAUCAAAUUCAAUCAUUUAAUAGUUUUUGUUUGUCACUUUCAGGUUGUUAUUGCUAGACUCAUUACUCAACCAUGCUGAUUCAGAGUUAUAAGACAAGUAACUUAAUCUAAAACCUAACCCUAAACUUAAUUGUGUCCUUUGUGCAUGGGUCUUACAGUUUUGAAAUAUUCUGGGAGCUCCAUGGGGAAGAUGUGUACUUGCUUAGAGGCCACCCAUCAUUCACAGUGAUGCCAAAUGGUGCACCCAAUGUCAUUUUAACCUUCGUCAAAUUCAUUUGAACAUCGAGAGUCCACAAGCAGCCACUCACAUUUAAGGAGGCUUUAACUAAAGAGUCAUGGCUUGCUUCAGCAGGUAGUGAAUUGUUCCAGGAAUGAUUUGAUUGAAACCCUUCUCCAAAGCUGUUCAUCACUCAGUUGUGUAAAUUUAUGAGACUGGCAGACUAACUUACAGAGACUGAUUAUCAUGAGUAGGCAACUCCUUUAUCACAUCCUGCAACUAUCCAAACAGUAAAGGUGACCAAUGUUACCUUGCCCUUUUAUCAUCUAGCAGUUCUUGUCUUUUUAUGAAAGUAGCUUCACUUUUACUGAUCAUGAUGAAUUGAUGUACUGGUUUAAUAUAUCAUGAUUGGGCAAUGCUUGUAGUUUUCAUUUUGCCAUUUACUCCUUUUAAUUUCUAACAACUUUUUCUUGCUUUCUUGAACAGCACUAACAAUACCUAAAUUAACUCAUCCACCAUCUUUAACAUUUGCUGUGCCUCUUUGUCCUUUCCUUCUAUUGGUUAAGGAGAUGGGCAAUUAGCCUACCCCCACCACCCCCCCCCCCAGAAAAAAAUUGCAGAGGCACUAGUAACAUUAUUGUGCUGAUAUCAGUUUACAUUUUGAGCAAUUCGUGGUGCAGACUGAUUUAUUUUUUUAAAAGUGAGGAGAAAAAGACCAGUUUGUGAUGUGCAUCAUGAAAUGCUCCCUUCCUGAAAUGUUUGGAAGAAUAUGCCUUGCUGUAGAUCCACCUAGAGGGUGUUGUCCCAUUCACUAGCACAGCAGAUGUUUACGCAAUUAAAUCUACCAGAAUUUCCCACUACCAUGAAGGAAAUCGCCACGGAUAAUGGGAAUUGGCAUAUAAUCCAUAAAUUAACUUUCAAAGAUAUUUAAAAUCAAAUUGACAGUAUUUCAUUUUUAAAUUCAAAGCUUUCUUUUGGGCAUGCCCCUCUCAAUUUCUUGAAAUGCAUUGGAGGAAUAAUUGAGCAUUGAUAACUGGUAUCGUAAAGUAGAAAGGUCACACCUUACUGGUUAACAGAUUGUAUUCUUUGCUCAUUAAUGCUUACUUCAUAUAAAGUUCUUUGUACUGUCUCUUCCUUAGCAAUGCAGGAGAGUUGUCUGGUAUAAAAAAUAAGGGGAGGAGCUGAAUGACUUCACAGUUUCAGCAAUAAACAAAUCAAAAUGCAACCAAUAAGUAUAUAUAAUCAGUGAAAUUAGUACCAAUGUAUUUCAAACUUCCUUGGUCGAUUGUUGGUUUGAUUUAUUCCCAAUUACUCACUAUUCCACAUCAUAAACAGAAGUACAAGGUCCAACGAAGAACACAUUUGACCUGAUAACCAAAACUUGCACAAUUCAGUGGUUCAAAAUGUGGAUAAUUUGAUGGUUUUUGUGAAAAGUCAUUGUGCUGUUUCCAAGAAUGGCCUAUAUAAGGACAUGGAAAAUCACAGUUGAGGGAUUUUGGGAUUAUGUAUGUGGUUUUAAAUCACUUUUGUUUAGAACUGAUUGCUUUUGGACUUUGCUAUUUUUAAAUGCCCUAGCUUUUACAGAUUCAGAUUGUGUAUGCGUUUUGAUCAGGUGACUGGACUGAACUUGAGGUUUCUGGGAGGAAAUGUGGCAGGUGUGGAGGGGUCUAAUUAUUGAAUAUGUGUAAGUAGCUUUGAAUUAUUAUUUUGCUGCAUCGUUAUUUUUUGAGAUUUUGGGUGAGAAUAUGCUUUUGUUUGAAUAUUUGAUUUGAUGCACAUUUUUGCAGAAAUUAUCUUAUUUUUUUCCCCCGUGAAGCUUGGAAGUAGGGGAGCAAUGAUUUACUUCCCAGGGUGUAGUUUGUAACUGAUUAAACCAUUCUAUAAAAUGUCA